AUGUUAGUAAUAAAGAUACCAAAUACUUAUCCUUAUAGUCCACCUGUGGUAAUUUUUGAAACACCUAUUUAUCAUCCCAAUAUAAAUUCACAAGGUGCUAUUUGUAUAAGUACAUUAGGUAAAGAUUGGUCACCUGCCUUAACAAUUGAUAAAGCUUUAUUAGCCAUAAUGUCAAUGUUAGACAAACCUAAUGCAUAUGAUCCUUUGUGUCCAGAUGCAGCUGAACUUUAUCUUACAAAUUAUAAAGCCUAUAAAAAACGUGUAAGAGAUACUUGUGAACGUUCUAAUUGUGUCAAAAAACCUGAUCAAAAUUUAGACUUAAAUGAUAAAAAUUUAGAAUAA